CUUGUUUUUUGCAUUUUCUAGAUUUUAAGUUGAGUACUUUCAAGGAGCUGUGGCUUCUUCUUUUGGAUUAUUAGUGUCUGUGUGGACUUUCAGACGUGCAUCAGUGAGCCUUUGUGGAUGAGAGACAGACUAUAUGGUCAGAGUUAAGUGACCGAGGUGGUCAGAAGGGAUUUUUAUUUUUUAGCAGCAGAAGAAGAAAUCCUCAGCAUCAUGAAUCUGACGCAGCGAAUGAAAUUACUGAAGCACUUUGGCUCUCUGCCUCCGGAGGCUCCAACACCACCUCCACUGCUGGUGGUGCCUAAACCAGGUAUGGAGGAGCUACUAAUAUGGGAGCAACAUACAAUAACACUGAACAAAGAUCCCAAAUUUGGGUUCGGCUUUGCCAUUUCGGGAGGCAAGGACAAGCCUCACCCAGACAACGGGGAUACAGCCGUGGUGGUGUCAGAUGUGCUGCCAAACGGACCGGCCAUGGGACGACUGUUCACCAAAGAUCAAAUCGUCAUGGUCAAUGGCGAGUCUAUGGACAACGUCUACUCCACCUACACCAUUCAGGUUCUUAAGUCAUGUGGCAAGACUACAAACAUAACGGUGAAGCGCCCUCGCAAGAUCCAGAUCCCAGCGACCACCAGACCGACUCGGGCCGUCUCCCACUCCAACCUGCUGGACCCGGACCCUCCGAGACGAACGAGACGCUACUCCGACGGCAGCGACAACCGAGAGGGAAACCGGUACCGCGCCCGCAGCGCCUCGCCGGACCGCAACGGGCACGGCAACGGGCACGGCAACGCGCUGCCGCUGAUGUCGACGGGGUACAAGAGGCUGCCACGGCAGGACGUUGUGGAGAAACCCAUCAGGACUACACUGCUCAAGAAGAAAAUCACAGAUGAGUAUGGAUUGAAGCUGGGCAGUCAGAUCUUCAUCAAGCACAUGACAGAAACGGGCCUGGCCGCGAAGGAAGGAACGCUGCAGGAGGGAGACCUCAUCCUCAAGAUCAAUGGCAUGACGACGGAGAAUCUGUCCCUGCUGGAGACCAAGCACCUGGUGGAGAAGAGCAGGGGCAAACUGACCAUGACGGUCCUCAGGGACGACCGCAAGUUCCUGGUGAGCAUCCCCGAGGUGGAGGACAGCGCCCCCAACAGCGAGGACGACCGACGCCACGGCAGCAGCUCUGAACUGGAGGACAUUUCCGACAUCGACGAAGACAGCCCCACCCACAGAACGUCCCGCCAGCCUACCAGAGAGAAACGAACACGCAGAACAAGAGCUGAACCUCCUCCAUCUAAGUCUCGGGAUUCAUCACCGUUGCGCUCCACCUUGACUCGGCCUCCCGUAAAAACCUACGCCCCUCGCAGAGCCCCGUCCGAUUCUGAGUCGGACCGCAGUGCUUCUCCUCCUCCUCCUAUAGUCAGGAGAGCGAGUCCGGACAUGAGGGAUCACUCCAGCAAAUACAAAUCUCUGUCUGGUAUGGCCAUCCUCCCCAACACUCUGUCCUCUCCUCAACCCCCCAACUUGAACACCUCUCGCGCCUCCUCCUCUGCAUCGCGUCCUCGCAGGCCGGUGUCGGACUCGGACUCGGACCGCAGCACUUCCCCUGUGCCGCGCAGACGGAGCCCCCGCCCAGACAGCAGAUACAAAGUUCUUCCGGAUCUGGCCUAUGGAGGUGGACUAAGAGCGUCCCCCAUCGAUGUUCGCCAAGAGACACUUAGGAGGGUCAACUCUCCUGUCAGAGUCCAUCCCCCAGACUCUGAUUCCGAAUCUGAAGUGAGCCUGGCGCCUCCUCAGAGGCAGAGCACCACGUACAGUCAGGACUCCCUCAGCAGAUACAGAGUCCUGCCAGAUGUUGCCCUGCUGCCUCAGGCGGAGUCGCCACGAUGGAGCGCCCCCAGCGUCACCGCCAGCAAUCCGCCACAGAAAGCUCCUUCAGAUUCUGAAUCAGAAGCCAGUUACGAAUCUGCACCUCGCAGGGAAUCUACAGACAGCAUGAAGUCCAACACAGCUAGCAACAGAUACAGAGUCCUGCCUGACAUCAAAUCCACUAAAGUUGCCGUGAAGCAGGAGCCUUCUCGCCGCGUCCCGUCACCCACCACACCUCCUCCUGACGAUUCCUCAGGGUCAGACCAGCUGUCACAUCUCAGGAGGUCCGGGAGCUCUGAGCGGGACGACAACCGCCGCAGAGUUCCUCGUGCUGCUAAUGGAAUGGACACCCUGAAGUCUGGCAUUUCAAUGAAGAGCAACCCGCCAGCAUACUCAAAGCCUGUAGAGGAGCCAAUCUACUCCCUACCUCCAGACUCUUACCCAGCGCCUAAUCCAGGCUACAGCUCAGACGUUCAUACGGUGUCGUUUGUGAAGGAGGGCAGCGUGGGUCUGAGGCUUGUGGGCGGCAACGAUGUCGGCAUAUUUGUAGGAGGAGUUCAGCCGAACAGCCCGGCGUACAUAGAGGGGAUGAAAGAGGGAGACCAGAUCAUGCAGGUAAAUAAAGUAGAUUUUGGUCAUUUCACACGAGAAGAGGCAGCCAACUUCCUCCUGAACAUCAAGAAAGGAAAGCAGGUUGAAAUCUGCACUCAGAACAAGAUGGACAUUUAUAAGAAGAUCAUCAAGUCCAACCUGGCCGACAACUUCUACAUUCGCACCCACUUUGACCACGAGGCAGAGGGCCCCAUCGGUCUGAGCUUCACCAGAGGGGAGGUGUUCAGGGUGGUGGACACGAUGCACCGCGGGAAGUUGGGCAACUGGUUGGCCAGCCGCAUGGGGAACGACCUGCACGAGAUGGAUAAAGGCACCAUCCCCAACCAGAGCAGGGCGGAGACUUUGGCCAGCAUAGAGCAGGCGCAACGGGUGAGCGGAGAGAAGCAGGUGACCGGGCCGAGAGCUGAGUUCUGGAAACUACGGGGGCUCAGAGGGAACAAAAAGAACGAGAAGAACGUCCGACGGUCUCGGGACGACCUGAUGCAGCUCACCAUUCAGGGCAAGUUCCCGGCCUACGAGAGGGUCCUGCUCAGAGAAGCUAAUUUCAAACGACCCAUCGUCAUUCUGGGUCCUCUUAACGACAUCGCCAUGGAGAAGCUGGCCAGAGAGAAGCCUGAUGAAUACGAAGUGGCAGACAUGGUUCCUCGCAGUGGCGGAGGAGACGGCGGCUCCACGGUCAUUAAACUGGACACUGUGAGGAGAAUAGCAGAGAAGGACAAGCACCCUCUUCUGGACAUCACUCCCACUGCAGUGGAAAGGCUGAACUACAUCCAGUACCACCCAAUGGUUCUGUUCCUGGACCCGCACAGCCGCAAGGACGUCAAGGCCUUGAGGCAGAGGUACAGCCCAAACUCCAACAAGAGCUCCAGACGGCUUUACACGCAGGCCCUGAAGCUCAGGAAGCACUGCAGCCACCUUUUCUCAGCACGUAUCGACCUGCAGCCCAGCUCCAAUGUUUGGUACGACAGUCUGAAGGAUAAGAUCCGCCACCAACAGUCCAAACCUGUCUGGGUGUCUGAAGUGAAGUUGGAGACUGGUGGAGAACAGGACCUGGAUGCUCUGGACCAAACCCAGUCGGACUACCUGAGUGCUGCCAGUGACCUGGAGGACACCGACGGAGAGGUCUACACCGACAACGAGGACCUGGAGGAGGCCUUCCCCGGCCAGAACGCUGCAGAUCUCCCCAGAGGCUCCAGGGUGGCCGGAUCUGCUUUAGCCCGGUCGUCUGAGCCCGCCUCCAGUCACCACAGCCCCCCCGUGGACAGCGACGACGACGACGACUCACUCUCGCUCAGAGAGGUCCCACCACUGAUGCACGUACCUGAGCCCAGACUACCACGCCAGCCGAGCUACAGCCCAUCUCACAGCGCCGAGGAGGAAGAGCCCUCACAACGCAGUUUCACAGACUCAGAUUUCAGUGCCCUCGAUGUGGUCGGACCCACGACUCCAUCAGAAGGACCACCAGAUUUUAUAGCCCCCGACCCCACGGCCCGGUACUCUGAGACCGAGCCUGCGUACGCUGAGGUGCAUCGCGAGAGCCAACAACAUGCAAGUCUGUCUGUUAUCGAGGAGAAACUACAACAGGCUCGCUCUGCAGAGUCUCAGGAACAACCUGAGAAGAAGAAGGGCCCUCAGUUCAUCGUGCUAGCACAUCAUCACCAGGCGGUCCAGUUCAGACGCACACAGAUCCGAGGCAGCGACAGCUCGGAGGAAGAGGAGGAGGAGGAGGUGGAUGACAUCGAAUGGGGUCCAGCAACAGAACUUUAAAUCGAGGAUUAAAGAUGUGGUUCACUGAUCUGACGGGGACAUGGAGACUAUUUGAAUCCUUCAAGAAACUGUCUUGGAUCAUUUAAAAACAUUUUCAUGAGAGGACUUGUUCAGAUGUGGGAGAUAAAAGUUAGCAAAAAGUUUUAACAUCUAACAAAAGUUUCUCAAGUGCCUCUUAUUUUGUAUUUAAAUAACACCAUGUCCAACAAAUCAGCCUUACCGUUUGUUACUGCUACUGUUUGUGACAUUAAAACAAAUUCUAGUUUUAUUAGAAAAUCACAACAAAUGAGUCUUUUCUUAGAAAAUUUAUGAAAUGUUUGGAUGCCGCUUUAACCUUUUUUCUACAUUAAAC